AUGAAGCUAUGCUUCAGAGGAUUCACGGUCGCUACUGCGCUGUUCGCCAGCAUUGGAUAUUCGCAACCUACUUCGUCCCAGAUACCCCUCGUACCAGCGCAGGAGCCAUGGUCACAAUGGAUGGCUGAUAGUAUCAUUAGUCGCGGCGAUGCCCUACAGGUUAAGCCCAACACCAUGACAUCUACUGUAUUCAAGCACGGCAUGUUCCAAUUGGCAUUGCAGCGAAUGCUACAGCACGUCCCCAGCGAACAGACAAAAGCCCAUUAUUUCAACUAUCUGCAACGGAGCGUUGAGGCGGAACUAGGCCCAGACGGCCGUCUGAAAUACUACGACUUGGAACAUACGCACAUCAUCGAUGACCUGCUUCUGGGGCAUGGACUGCUGUACUUGCACGAAACACUAGGGGAUGAGAAGUACCUGCACGCCGCGAAGCAACUGCGCCAGAGCCUAAAUACGCAGCCGCGCACCCCAGAGGGGAUGUACUGGUACCGAGCAGAUACGUCUCGUCCAGACCUCGAGUAUCCCAAUACUCCCGACCAGGCCUUUGUGGAGCAGAUAUACAUGCUGGCUCCGUUCCUGGUUCGCCAUACAAACCUAGUGGAUAUCGGCAAUGCAACCGCCGUCUACGGCGACGUUCUCCGCCAGUUCGAACUCUUCCAAACCCAUUGCGAGCACACGGACACCCACCUGUGGGCGCAGGGUUAUGAUGACACAAAGCAGAAACCCUGGGCUGAUCCGACGACCGGCGCUACACCUGAGAUUUGGGGUCGUGCCAACGGGUGGAUGGCCAUGGCGCUGGUUGAUACACUUGAGCUGCUGCCUGUAUCGCACCGAUCGGACCUCUGGACCCGGUUGCACACUCUGUAUGUCGAUUUGGUCAAGGCUGCAGCGAAGGCCAUCGACCCUGACACGGGAGCCUGGUGGCAGGUAAUGUCGCAGCCUGGCCGCAAGGGUAAUUUCGUCGAGAGCAGUGCCUCAGGGAUGUUCGUCUACUCCCUGUACAAGGGUCUUCGUUUGGGCUACAUAGAGGACGCAGAGGAUCAAGCAGCAAUUCGUCUCUCAGCGACAAAUGGUUUCCAGGGACUGAUUGAUCAGUUUGUCGUGUAUGAGCCAGAGGGCACACUAGGAUUUAACGGCACAGUGCAAGUCCGUGGACUGGGUGGGAACUUCUCUUACGAGUUUUAUAUCGACGGUAUAAUUGCCUACAAUGAUUUAGAAGGUGCCACCGCGUUUCUGUUUGCCGCUAUCGAGCACGAACUUGCUGAGGAGGCAAGGAAAUCUUGA